AUGAUUUUUAAGGAGAGUUGUGGGACAGACGAUCAUGCCUUUAGGGUUUCAUUACAUCCACAGGUACGUACCUCUGUGGCUUCGUCCUCUGCGUCACCUUCAACGUCGUCUAAGCUGCCUAUCAUCAUGGAUUCAUGGUUGUCACCUGAAAUUUUCGUCAGGAGGAAGAAGAAGACGAAGAGAGGAAGCGACACGUCAAUCGAAGAAACACUAUCCCUGAAUGUAUUUGCCUACACAUCAAGGGAUAUCUUUCUAUCAAGUAUUCAAGACAAUGUUACCCAUAUGGAGGAGGAUACCAUCGAUGGAGAUAAAACUCUCAGGAUACACUUGUUUCUACGCAUAGCCGACAGUUUGAAAAAGACGUCUAUUCUCCUACAUUUAUUUAAUCAGCUCACUGUAUUUUUAAAGGAUUUUACAUUGGAUGCUUACAGUCUACACAAUUAUUAUUUGACACUGUUGGAGACAUCAAUGACAAACACAUCGUUUCCAAUGUUAUCUAGUGCAAUAUAUCCAUUCUGUAAAAUGUGGACUAUUACAAAUCUCAUCGGUACUGAUGCAAAGAAAAGUGAUCGCAAUCCUUUGGCAUUAAUGAUCACUGAUCCACACUUAUCGAUUUGUCAUAUUUUAGAGGCGAAAUUGAAUCAAUUCUGUACAUGGAAUGUGUACAGAUUAAAGCAACAGAUUGUAUAUUUUAUUACAAAUGAUCCCUUCACUGGAUUGUGUUUAUGUGUGAAUAAUAACAGUGCAGCGGCUUCAGUGACAACAUUCAUUGCAAUAGGCUCAAGUUCACAGGAAUUACUCAAUCUUUUCAGUGAAAUUGUAUUCUUUCCGAAUUCAGUCAGUGACUUCCAAUUUGUGGCUUAUGAGAAACACUCAAACUCCUCCUCCAAGAGCGACGAUGUCAACAACAACAACAACAACACUAACAACUCUAAUGCUAAACCAAUUCUUGAUGCUGUGAAUACUUUAAUCAACGAAACUGAAUGUCUUCUUAAUUGCAUCGCUGAGUUGGUUGAAUCUACACUGCAUAAAUCUAUUCCUCAAUUGUCGAAUUAUCUAUCGUGUGGUUAUAACAACACCUUGAAUAUGGUACACAAAUCAGCUGAAUGGCGAUCUGUUGUGCGCAAAGCUAGUCGUCUACCUGUGAAUAUUCCUGGUGAGAAUGACAGUGAUAACGAUAAUGUAUCUGUGAUGAAUAACAGUAUUCGUUACUCUGAACUGCACUGUCAAACAGAUGAUAGUAUUCAACGACUUUGUCUCAGUUGA